GACACCGUCACCAAGGCAACGCGGCCAUACUGGCCCCAACGGACCUGGGGCCUGGGCUGUGGCGGCGCGGUCUCGUGGGCAGAGCAGGCGGCAUGGACAGCCUCUUCGUGGAGGAGGUGGCAGCCUCCCUGGUCAGGGAGUUCCUCACCAGAAAGGGCUUAAAGAAGACAUGUGUGACCAUGGACCAGGAACGCCCACGCUCUGACCUCAGCAUAAACAGCAGAAAUGAUCUCCGCAAGGUUUUGCAUCUUGAAUUUCUCUACAAGGAGAACAAGGCCAAGGACAAUCCUCUGAAAACAAACCUUGAACUCAUUACCAGAUACUUUCUGGAUCACCUUGGAAAUACUACUAACAAUUUCACUCAAGAAGCACCAAUCCCUGCACUCCCAAUUCCAAAGAAAAAUAACAGAUUAUCAUCAAGAUGCCCGGAGACCACACUGGUCAAUAUAUAUGACCUUGCGGACGAAGAUGCGACAUGGAGAAUGUCACUGUCAGAAACCAGCAAAGCCAGGCACGAUAAUCUUGAUGGGGAUUUACUUGGUAAUUUUGUAUCCUCCAAAAGGCCUCCCCACAAAAGUAAGCCCACGCAGGCUAUCCCAGGUGAAAGCCCUGCCGUGGUCCCUGCGUGGGAGAGGAUGGACAAGCUUCAGUCCUCAGAGCCUUCCUUGGACACGAAGAGGAUGGGCGAGAAGAUCAGGCCGAAGUCUGGCCUGAUUGUCCGAGGCAUGAUGGCAGGGCCCAUCGCCAGUUCCCCGCAGGAUGCCCUCCGCAGACGCUCCCUGAGGCGGUCCCCGGCCUUGAGCAGCACGAAGCAGGCCUCCGAGGAAGAGAGCCGGAAAGUGCCUGAGCUCUCUGCCCAUGCCCCAGCCUGUCCCACGGCUCAGGAGGGCCCGGCUUCCAGCGCUGGCUCCAUUUCCAGGAGCCCCCUGGGCCCGCUCAGUGAGCUGACCUCAGAAAAGUGGAGAACCACGCCCAGCAGCCCCCCUCACUUGUCUGGCAAAGGGCUGCUGCGGAGGGGGAGCAGCAGGUGGCGAGAUCUCGAGGAGGAUAGCCCGGCUGUGGACAGUGGCCCAGAGGCUGACGGGAUGCCCUUGAAGUUCUCCUUGCCAGGUGGGAGUGCCAGGCCAACCCAGGAGAGGCUGGAAAGAACAUUCACCAGGCAGGGGAGCCAGCCCCUGCCCCUCAGGAAAAAUCAGUUGCCAGCGUCCAACAAGGCUGAUGGUGAACUGAGUGUCCUCCAACUUGAGGAUGUGGAGGAUGAAUUGGUAAAGGAAGAAGUCAUCCUGUCUCCAGUCCCAUCGAUGCUCAAGCUGCAAAUAGUGUCAAAGCCAAUUGACCUCUCAGUGGCCAAGGACAUAAAGGCCCUUCUGUUUGGCUCCAGCCUUUGCUGUUUCAACGAGGAAUGGAAACUUCAGAGUUUUUCCUUUAGUGACAAAGCCUCCUUAAGAUACGGCAUCGUGCAGAACAAGGGGGGUCCCUGCGGUGUUCUGGCAGCUGUCCAAGGCUGUGUCCUACAAAAACUCCUGUUUGAAGGAGAUAGUGAAGCUGACUGCGUUCGGCAGCUGCAGCCUUCCAAUGCCCGCAGGAGUCACUGCCUUGCCCUGGCCAUUGCGGACAUCGUGUGGCGGGCCGGGGGCCGGGAAAGAGCCGUGGUCACACUGGCUUCGGGAACACAGCAGUUCAGUCCAACAGGGAAAUACAAAGCAGAUGGAGUCUUAGAAACACUCACGCUGCACGGUUUGACCUGCUAUGAGGAGUUGGUGACUUUUCUCCAACAAAGCAUCCAUCAGUUCGAAGUGGGUCCCUACGGAUGCAUCCUCCUCACGCUGUCUGCCAUCCUGUCCAGGUCCACGGAGCUUGUCCGCCAGGACUUCGAUGUCCCCACCAGCCACCUGAUUGGAGCACAUGGAUACUGCACCCAGGAACUCGUCAAUCUGCUCCUGACCGGGAAAGCCGUGUCCAAUGUUUUCAAUGACGUCGUGGAGCUGGAUUCUGGGAACGGGAACAUCACUCUGCUCAAGGGCAUUGGUGCGCGCAGUGACGUCGGGUUCUUAUCUCUCUUCGAGCACUACAAUGUGUGCCAGGUGGGCUGUUUCCUGAAGACGCCGAGGUUCCCCAUCUGGGUGGUGUGCAGCGAGAGCCACUUCAGCGUCCUCUUCAGCCUGCAGCCAGAGCUCCUGCGAGACUGGAGGGCCGAGAGGCUCUUCGACCUGUACUAUUACGAUGGCCUGGCCAACCAGCAGGAGCAGAUCCGGCUGACUGUUGACACCACCCAGACCAUCCCUGAGGACAGAGACAAUGACCUCGUCCCACCCGUCGAGCUCUGCAUCAGAACCAGAGGAAGGGGCUGGUCAAAGGUGUGCAAAAAAUUCAACAGAAGAAAAUACAGUCUUUACAGAUGCCAGGAAGGUGCCUAUAAUCAAGAGGAAAGUAAUUUGGUAAGAGCAGAGUGAGUACGAGUCCCAUUGCCUCUGGAAGGCUGUCCCUCUCCAUCGAAAAGCCAGAGACAUUGGUGCGGCCACUGAAGCAAGGCACGGUCGUGAAGAAAGACAAAGAGCAGAAGCCUGAGGAAGGAAGGAGAAAGAAGUUCAGAGGGAGUCUGCGUUCUUCAUGAAGGUGGAGAAGGUUGGGUUUACAACCAACCACUGCUGAAACGUAGUGGGACUUGUGAGCGAUCAGUCAGGAGGUGCACAGUCUUCCUCUGGGAGACCCUGUUCACUCGCCUGUUGUGGCUCCCACCUCAGGCGGCUGGGACUCUCCAAAGCAGAAGCACAGUUAAAAUGAGGAAAGCUUCCUUCCCCCCACCCCCUUCUGUUGGCCAUUGACGUGUUGACUUCUGUCAGAAGAAAAACGUCAGGUUUUGAAAAAGUGUGCUCCCUCCGCUAGCCUCAACAUUGUGAAAAGCGUUUCAGGAGCCUGGGGUCGAACCCUGCACCCUAGCACUGCUUUUGAGGUAGAUGCCACAUCUGCUUCCAAAGUUCCUGGAUCUCAGGACGGAUGUGUAUCUCUUAGAUACCCAGGAUCAGGUCUUGCAGGAACAUUCCAUCCGCUAGAAAUGUGAUCCUCCUGGGCUGCUUUAGAAAACGAGUGUGCCGUAUAUUCAAGUCAUAUGCUGGGGCGUGCCUGGAUGGCUCGGUCGGUUAAGCAUCUGACUCUUAAUUUAGGCUCCAGUCAUGAUUUCGGGGUCAUGAGAUUCAGCCCUGUGCUGGGCUCCACACUGGACGUGGAGCCUGCUUAGGAUUCUCUCUCUCUGUCUCUGCUUACCCUCCCCCCACGCACUCAACAAUACAUAAGUGAAUAAAAAUUUUUAAAAAAUUAAGUGUUGGGUCAUUUUGUGGUAUCAUCUCCACUAACUUUUAUUUUGGAAUUGGACUGGUAUUAAAAUUGUAUCUAGUCCAUUAAAUGAUACUGCUUCUUAAGACUUCAUCAAGUAAUUAAAAAAAAAAAUGCAAAUCUGUGUUUUACUGAGCUGCUUCCAGCCCUUCUCUGGCUUCUCGUGGCUCUCAGAGCAAAGCCCAGAAUCCUUCCGA